AUGGGGCGCAUGCCCCGAGUGUUUCAGAGAGAGGCUGCUGGUGGCCCCUCAGUGGUGACCAGCCACGUGGGUGGUGACGCUGCUCUGCCGUGCCACCUCCGGCACGUCACGCAAGACUCAUGGGCCGUGUCCGUAUCGUGGUUCAAGCGCGGCCUCUCGGGACCCGUCUACACGAUCGACAUGGGUUCGGGAAACUUCCUGCAGGCCAGGCACCGGCCAGCGCACCUGUGGGCUGGACGCGCCUAUUUCUCUUCGGCCGACGAGCCGGCGCUCCUCAUGGUCGGAGACGUGGCUGCGACCGACGCCGGACUGUACGUCUGCUCGGCGUUGUUCCCCGACGGGGGCGAGCGUAAUUCCACCGUCCACUUCGUCGUAGUCGUUCCACCGGAGACGCCCGUCAUCAGGGACAGGUUUGGCAACAAGUUGGGAAAGGUGGCCGGUCCUUAUCGAGAAGGCGAAUCACUGACGCUCACAUGCGAAGUCAGUGGCGGCGUGCCAGAACCGACGGUGACGUGGUGGCGGAACAACACAAAGCAGCUUCACCACACAGUCGACCGCUCGUCCCACGGGGUCACCCGAUCGACAAUGGAGCUGCCGCAAUUGCACCGGCACGACCUCAACGUGUCGUUUGUGUGCAAGGCGUCCAACCACAAUGAAACCUACGUGGUCACAAACAGCGUCAUGAUCGACCUGUACCGUAAGCUGAAGCCAUCCAUGGUGCGCAUUCGUUCCAAGCAGCGCCCUUUGGCUGCCGGCCUGCCGGCAGAAAUUGAGUGCGAAGCUGCCGGCUCCCGUCCUGCACCUGUGAUCACAUGGUGGAGUGGGAAGGCCAAGAUAUCCGCCGACAAUGUCAAGAUGAUGCCCAUUGGAAACCGAGUUUUUCGGUGGUCACGUACACACCCAGAAGAGAGGACAACGGAAAACGACUCCGAUGCGUCGCCGAAAACCCCGGUAUUGCAUGGAAGUUUCCUCGAAGCAUCGUACAGCCUCGACGUGCAUUACAAGCCUAUUGUAACUCUUCAACUGGGAAAGCGACUGCGGCUCGAAGAGAUCUUCGAGGGCCAAGACGUGUACUUGGAGUGCAGCAUCGACGCAAAUCCGCGUGUGAGCGAGGUUGUGUGGCGCUUCGAAGACAGCCACGAGGUCCACUCGAACCCAGCAGCCAAGGUGAUCACGAGCAACCAGUCGCUCGUCUUCCAGGCUAUCCAACGCCUGAACGCCGGGCGCUACACUUGCGUCGCCACCAACAGCGAAGGCGAGUCGGUCAGCAACGAGCUCCAUCUAAGGGUGCAGUACUCACCAGUGUGCACCUUCCACCAGCGCAUCGUGUACCCGGCUGCAGCGCACGAGAUGCUGCAAGUUUCGUGUGACGUAGACGCGCACCCAUCGGCCGUCAGCUUCCAGUGGGCCUUCAACGGCAGCCUACGCCGUCAUGAGCUUCAGAGCUUCGUGUCCGAGGGCAGCCACAGCGUGGUGUCCUACGUGCCGCGUGAUAGAUCAGACUAUGGCACACUCCUGUGCUGGGCCACGAACAAGAUUGGUCGGCAGAAGGAGCCCUGCCGCUUCCAGAUCGUGCCAAUGGGUCCGCCCAAGGCUCCCUACAACUGCACGCUAAGCAACCAGACGGAGGACGCAUUCCUGGCGGAGUGCCUGGAAGACCCUAGCGAUGGUGGUGGACUGCGCCAGCUGUACAGCCUCGAAGUGCACGACAUCUCUUGCCGCCGGCUGCUGGCCAACCUGAGCGCAGAGAGGCCCGCCUUCUGGGUACAGGAUGUGCCCGCGGGCCUGAACUACGUGCUCGUGCUGUACGCCGUCAACGAGAUGGGACGCUCGGAGCCAGUGCUUCUGCGCGCCGAGACCCCCGACCGCUACUGGGAUGGCACAUUGCAUCACGCUGGUGACUGGAGCAGCUGCGAGCCAAGCAACUCACUCGUUGUCAUCCUGAUCAGUGGCACGUUCUCUGCCAUUUUCUUCCUCUUGUUGUUCGUAAUUCUUGCUCGCUGCCGGGCGAAGAAGCAGCGGUUAAAAGCCAGCACUGAGUUGCAGCACUCCGGUGUUGUCAAGCACCCGGAGGACGAAACUCAGAGUUCUUGGGAGCAUGCAAGUUCAAGGACUUAG